CGGCUUUUAAGUCUUAAUAUCUUAGAUUAGUUAGGAAGUAGUAUUUUUCAAAUUAGUAUUUAAGUAUUCCAUUCUUUACAGAAAAACUGGAAAGAUGCUUUGCGAGACUAGAACAAAAUUGCGUACGAGAGAAGAAAGUCAUUCAGUUAACAUCGCUUUUAUUACCUAGUUUUAUUGCAUCGGUUUCAUUAUUUAAAAAAUAUUAACUAGUUAUUUAUAAUUUUUCCAUUCCCUUUUUUUUAUAUUAUUCAUAGGUACUUAAUUAAAUUAUUUUUUAGCUUUGGAGAAUGGGAUUCUUAUAUUCCGUCACCGUCAGAACAAAUGAGAAAUGUUAUUGGACGGACAUUUUCAGACAAAAACGAAGAUUCCACCGUGUAUUGUAGGGAUGAUUUAAUAAAUUUUGCCGUUGAACCAACUGUAGCUAAAAAUAAAAAAAACGAAACAUCUAAAAUUGUGACUUUUCAUGAAGAAAAAAACCAAAUCAUCACAGAACUUCCCAAAAUAACACUGUCACCAGAACCAUCGCGCAUUGUUGAAAAUGUAAAUUGGGAAAACAUGGUAGAUUUUGAAUUAUUUCAUGAUGCUGUGAUUGCACAACCAGAGGAAACAAUUGUACCUAUGAAUAAAGACUUAAAGUGUAAAAGUUUAAUUCCUGAAUUACCGUUAAUUAAUGAAAAGUUGAAAAAACCCGUUGCGAAACGCAAAAAAAUAAUAUCAAUAGAAAAAAAUAAUAAAAAGCCAGACUCGGCUUCUAAACUUAUACGUAAAAAUAAAUGUACAAAAGCUGUAAAGAAUUGGCUAGAUGAUGUAGAUCAAAACGUCCCAGACGAAAGCAUAGAAGCUAAUAACCAACAUGAUACAAGUGAAAACCAUAAUAAUAAAUCAAUAGAAAUUACAAAAAAAAAAGAAGUACAGACAAAACUUACAAAUAAAGAUGGUAUCAUGAAGUAUGGUAAACCAGAAUCUAUUAGCGUAAAUGAGAAACUUGCGCAAGCGGAGGUUGAUAAAGAUAUUCCACAAGCGGGUGAUAUUGCACAGGAUAAAAGAACGAAACCGAAAUUUCUGGUUCCUAUCAAAUCACAAAUACCGAUCAAAGACAUCUCUUAUGAGAUUUUAACCAACGAAAAUAAGGAAUGUAUCGCCGAAAUGGAUAAACUAAAGGAUAACACGGAAAUAUUGGCAGUCCUUGUCUAUAGGAAUGGUUUCUGCCAGUUGAACAGCAUUUAUACAGAGGAAACCUGUAGACCCGAUGGGAUUCUGUUUCACGUUGACAAACGUUUCUACUUUAUCAAUAAGUUUGACGGAGAUGUUAAACAAAUUGCAGGAUCGUUAUUGGAUCCUGAAAAUCUUCCGGAGAGUUUUUCAGAGGUUCAGAAAUAUUUGUCGUAUACUCCAGAGUACACGAUCACCACCGACAGCGCACUCCAGAAAGCCGCCUGGUACUCUACCCUUCUGAAGGAAUGCUUUUCCAAGUUGAAGUUCCUUUUGAUGGAGAAUUCCUUGUGGAAAAUAUUCGAGGAAGUUGAAAUGAGGUUGUUGCCCAUUGUAGCAGACAUGGAAAGAUUCGGAGUGUGCGUGGAUAUGGAGAAGCUGAAGUCGAUGGAGCAAGUUCUGUUAACGAAAAUGCAGGCGGUAGAACAGGAGUGCCACAAGGCGGCAGGCAAGGCCUUCCAGAUCAACUCGCCCGUGCAGGUGCGCGCGCUGCUCUACCACGACCUCAAGCUGGAUGAACUCAGCAAUAUCAGGGUUAAAUGGAAAUUUGAAUCAGGAUGCACUCAAUUGCAUUUCUUUAACUUGUUGUUAUUCACCCAGCUGCGUAGCUUGAUGUCCCUCCAUCCGUUGCCGAAGCUGAUCCUGGAGUACCGCCACUUGCACAAGGCUCACGCAACGUUCCUGGCCGGCAUCGCGAAUCAGGUCAAAGACGGCGUAGUCAGACCCACGUGGGUCCAGAUAGCAUCAGCGACGGGGCGGAUGGCAUCCAACAAUCCCAACCUGCAAGCGAUCCCGAAGACACCAUUCAAUCUUGAAAUGUUCCCUGAAUCCGAAGACGCUGGAGGAGCAUUGCUGAACUUCCGAUCAGUGUACGUUUCGCGCGAGGGGUUCUCUCUGCUGGCAGCGGACUUCAGACACGUGGAGUGCCGCGUGUUUGCUGCCGCCGCCGGCGACCGCGCGCUGCUGGAUGCUCUCACACACGACGACCUCUUCCGAGCGCUCGCCGCCAACUGGUACCUACCUACACUCAGCAAGGAAGCACUCUUCAGCCGUAGACACAUUGAUGGCGGCGCACUUCAGGCACGGGAGUGA